UUAUCACUUGCCAGAGAAAAAGUAUCAACCAACGGUCCAACGCCACCAGCGCCAAUUUAUCAUGUUGACGUUUCAAACUCCCCCAACCCUUCAGGUAUCUUUCGCGCCAAAACACUCGCCCCUGGUUGCCCUUUCAUCAAAGAAUAAUGUCUCAGUUGCGUUACAGAGUCCUAACAAUAAUCAAUUAAUCCAAUCUCUCUGCAAGCAAGGCAAUCUCAAACAAGCUCUUCGAAUCCUCCCCAGUGAACCCAACCCCACCCAGCAGACCUUCGAGUUCUUAAUUCUCUCUUGCAUAGAUCGGAACUCUCUGUCCGACGGUUUAACCGUACACCGUCACAUUGUUGAAGAUGGGUUUGAUCAAGAUUCAUUCUUGGCGACCAAACUCAUCAAUAUGUAUUCCCAUUUCAACUCUAUUGAGAAUGCUCGUUACGUUUUCGAUAAAACCCUUGACAGAACAGUCUUUGUAUGGAAUGCACUCAUUAGAGCGCUUGCACUGGCAGGUCGUGGGGAGGAAGCACUUUCUUUCUACCGUCAGAUGAACCAAACUGGGAUUCCCUCCGACAGGUUCACUUACCCUUAUAUACUUAAGGCAUGUGUUUCAUCAUCAUACUCUUCGAUUUUACUUCUGCACAAGGUAAAAGAGAUUCAUGGUCACAUUUUACGACAUGGUUUUGAGUCUCAUGUUCAUGUUGCCACUACUUUGGUGGACGUGUAUGCAAGGUAUGGCUAUGUUUCUGAGGCAGCACAAUUGUUUGAUGAGAUGCCUGAGAGAAAUGUGGUCUCUUGGAGUGCCAUGAUUGCAUGCUAUGCAAAGAAUGGGAAACCUUUUGAGGCGUUAGAGUUAUUUCGUGAGAUGAUAGCCAAAACCCAAAGUGCUGUUCCAAAUUCAGUGACUAUGGUUAGCGUUCUUCAAGCUUGCGCUGCUUUGGCUGCUCUGGGACAAGCGAAAUUGAUGCAUGGUUAUGUCCUCCGAAGGGGCCUUGAUUCGAUCCUAACAGUAAUAAAUGCCCUUGUGUCCACAUAUGCAAAAUGUGGUAGCCUAGAGAUUGCAGUUCGUGUCUUUAGUCGGAUGGAUAGAAGGGAUGUUGUUUCUUGGAAUUCCAUGAUCUCAGGUUAUGGAAUUCAUGGUUUUGGGGUGGAAGCAAUCCAGGUUUUUCAAAGGAUGAUUGAAAGCGGCUUCUCACCCAAUUCCAUUACAUUUGUGAGUGUUUUGGGAGCUUGCAGCCACAUCGGGCUUGUUGAGGAGGGGAAGAAAUUGUUCAAAGCUAUGGUUUCUCAACAUGGGAUUUUUCCUAGUGCGGAGCACUAUGCUUGUUUGGUGGAUCUUCUAGGGCGUGCUGGCAGAUUAGAAGAAGCUGUCAAGAUUAUAGAAGAGAUGCGGAUUGAACCAGGACCAACAGUUUGGGGUUCUCUUCUUGGCGCAAGUAGGAUUCAUUGCAAUGUCGAGCUUGCAGAGAGAGCUAGCCUUCGGCUCUUCAAGCUUGAGCCUACAAAUGCCGGUAAUUAUGUGCUUUUGGCUGAUACCUAUGCAGAAGCUGAGAAGUGGGAUGAAGUGAGUAGAGUUAAGAAGCUUCUGGAUGCUCAACGAUUACAAAAAGUCCCUGGUUGUAGUUGGAUUGAAAUAAAGAAGAAGAUAUACUCAUUUCUCUCUGUUGAUGAACUAACCCCACAGAUUGAACAGCUCCAUGCUUUGUUGGUCCAGUUGUUAAUGGAGAUGAAGGAGAAAGGUUAUGUUCCAGACACCAAGUUUGUGCUCUAUGAGCUUGAUCAGGCCGAAAAGGAACAAAUUGUAUUGGGCCACAGUGAGAAGCUGGCAGUUGCCUUUGGACUCAUCAACAGUAGUAAUGGUGAAACAAUCCGGAUUACCAAGAACCUGAGAUUGUGUGAAGAUUGUCAUUCUAUGACCAAAUUCAUUUCCAAGUUUACAGAUAGAGAAAUUCUUGUUCGAGAUGUAAACCGUUUCCACCACUUCAGGGAUGGGAUUUGUUCGUGUGGGGAUUAUUGGUAACCUCAGCCAAAGAUAUUUCUGGUUUUCUCUUCUUCUGAAAGCUUGAUUCUCGUGAAAUUCUCAUUAUAGCCAAGGGAUUUUGAAGAUGUAGAGUUGUACAGUGUUGAUUUCAAUCAGAAGGUGAGAGUUUUAGGUCAACAAUUUAAAUUUCAAUCUUGUACUACUUUCUAUCUUAUUUUGUUUUUCCUUUUAUAAAUAUGUUAUAUCUGUAAGCUGAUUGUAUUGUAAUGGUAAUGAUGGAUUUUCCUGCUAUAUGUGUUGCAUUUGCACAUCUAUAUGGACCGUCCAAUUGAUGGGAAGCCACUUUUGAUGCAUUUUUCUUCAAA